UCGUGGCCACCAGCGAGUGGCAAGGGCGCAACCAGUGAUAAAGAUUGAAGUCUACAGUCGGCAGCCCGGUUGUGGACAAUGUCCUUGCACGUUGGCCUCCCAUGCCUAGAUGAAGGUUCUAAGCCCUAGGUGCUCUCCUCCUUGGCGUCGGAUCUAACUUGCCGGAGAGUGUUCAAUCAUGGAUGGUUGGUUUAAUUACUUUCUUGAGUUGUCAGCCGCUAACGGACGAAGUAUAUUUUGCAAGUACAAAGGAAACUUCGGAGAAGAUCAAGGCCAAGAACAAAGUGACCAUGUUGCAGGCCAAGAACAAAGUGACCAUGUUGCAGGCAAGGUCAUCUAUAUUCAUGAUUUUUUCCUUGAUAGUUCUGUUUCGAGAGAUGGGGCAUGUAUGGAUUGAGGAGGUCAAGAAGUUGGCAUAUUGGCAAUAUAUUAAUUUCAAGCAACAAGGGAGAUCCAAAAUGGAUAUCCGCCUUGGGCUCUACUCUGGGAUCGCGUCUGCAAUGUUGAGCCACGCCCGGAGGUACACUGGUGGCAUUCACCGUGGUCAGUCUGACCCCUGGCAAGGUGUCAACACUAGCGAUCUCGCCAUCUCUCUACCAUCCCGAGCAGAUACUUCUAUUUUGUGUUGCGGCUAUAUUAUAUGAAUAUAUUAUGUCCAAGAGAUAUGUGGUGCGGGGAGUCGCUGUUGCAGUACAUGGAAAAAUGAUCUUCCUUUACUUCAUGAUUAGGUAUUCUUUCCCAUGGAUCAUAAAUAGCUCGGGAUUUUCUCCUUUGCGUCCGGCUUUAUUCUUAUGCAGUUCAUCUCUUUUUUGUUGCGCCCUUUAUGUAAAUAUGUACAAAAUAUAUAAUUGUGAUC